AUGGCGCCUGUCGUCCCCCCGAAUCCGCUCCCGCCGGACGAGAACGUCAACCCCGUUCUCCUGGGCAUCUCCGGCGUGCUCAUCUUCUUCGUCAUCUUCACGACGGCCCUGCGGCUGUACGUGCGCUUCGCCCUACGACAUCUAGGAUGGGACGAUUACCUGAUGGCGAUAACCGCCAGUCUCGGCAUUGUGAGGUUCGGUGUGCAGUGUGCGCAAGGGGCGACGGGCAACGGGAGGCAUAGGUGGUACAUCUCGACGGAGCAGUACAUCAACAACAACAUGCUGGGCUGGUUCGGGCAGAUCCUCCUCUUCUCCAGCGUCUGCUUGCUCAAGUGCUCGAUUAUGUUGCUGCUCUUGCGCAUCAAGGAUUCGAGCAGGAUGAAAUGGUUUCUCUGGACGGUAAUGGGCGGACUGUUCGUCACCAACUUCGGCGUCAUCAUCAUCUUGCUGGCCGAGUGCGAUCCCGUCGAUGCUUAUUGGACCGGAGUGGGCAAAUGCUGGGAUGCGAAGAUUCGGAUUUAUGCCAUCUACGUGACUAUUGCCUACUCUGUCAUGACCGACUUGCUCUGCUCCUUCUUGCCCCUUACGGUUGUUUGGCAAGUGCGGAUUCCAUUGACAACGAAGAUAUCAGUUGGUGGACUGAUGAGUCUUGGGUUGAUUGCGACUGGUUUCGGUAUUGCCAGAGCCGCAUCGCUCGGUCUGAUAACCAACGACUUGAGUUACGUCUAUGCCGUAACAGCAAUCUGGUCCAAUCUCGAGCUCUAUCUCGGCAUCAUCGCCGGAAACCUAGCCCUAUCCCGCUCCAUCUUCUUCUACUUCUUCGGCGAGAAACCGCCAACAUCACACCCAUCGGCCUACAACAACUCGUACGCCAACUCCCAAACCCGAUCCGCGUACCUCAACAGCAGGCUACGCGGCGACAACGCCGGCCCCGGCGCCACAGAAACAUACAUCCGCUCAGAGCGCCGACCAUCAGUAAAAAGCGACCACAGCGACAUACCCCUGGAGCCGGGGAUCCAAAAGAGAACAGAAUUCUGGGUCUCGGAAGACGACGCGGACAGUGAGACAUCGGCGGCAAGGGCAGGAAAGCGGUCGCCGUGA